GCCGAGCGCAUGUUUCCCGCCGAGCCGGUAGCUGGAUCGCUUUCAUCGUGCGCACCCUGCGAGCGAGGCAUAAAGUGCUUGUUGAUCACCACCACCUUUUCCUCCGGCCUGCGAUAGCGGAGGCUACGCUUGCCCCAAUCUCUUGACCCCACAAUCCUUAAUCCCUCCGAGAUGAGAGGGUGCUGACUCUCGUUCUGCCAAGCGUUGCCCAUACUCGAACCGAUUCGCAUGCGUAACCAGGUUGAGCCAUGGUCUUCGGCUUGGCAAGACAAACUCGCUAGUCGAUUCAAGGACCCUACGAAAGGACGAGCCGGCUGGACAUUUGUCGCCUACGAAAGCCCAGCUUCACAGUUGCUGUUGGCGCUUUUCCGGUCCUGAUCUUGCUGCAAGCGGCCUGUACAAAUGGCCUCGCAUCAAAUGACAUAGAGAAGCCUACGCUCGGCUUCACUCGUGAGAAGUCGUUUGUCCGUCCUUGACGAAGAAGGACCUGAGAUGAUCGAGGCCAUUGACGGUUCAUGAUACCCAUUCUCGCCCGCGAGACGAAUCCUGACAACGCUCCAAUCGCCCAUGACAUGCAUGGAUUAGAUGGUGCAAAGGGGAUGAACAAGUGAUGAAACUUUUGGACAUGUCCGGCAACAUCCCGUCAUUCCCCUACAUGGGUAGCGUCAAUCUGAUCGAGACAGUCUUGUCUCCGAUCAGCAUGGCAUGACAUUGCAUGGCGAAACUAGAUCUUAGCUGUCGUGAACUGACACCAUAGCAACCACAUUAAGUUAAGACCGACGCCUUAUCAUCACAGAGGCACUGUGCAUUUCAACCCUAAAACCCCGUGAGGCGAAAGGAAAAGUGCCCAACCGUGUUUGAAUUGGGCCUCUUAAAAGUUUAUUCUUUGUCGUUCUAAAACAUUGGCAGUUACUAACCAAAAUCAAUGCUCUGCAAGACAGUCUGGUGCAGGAUCUAUCAACAAAAUGAAACGCGGAGAAAUACAGAUGGCGAAGAAGAGAUAGGACCACUCUGAAUGGCUCAGACAGCACCAGAUGUCACGGCGACUGUGGCCACGCCAGAACUUGUCGAUACGGCCCACACUAAUCGCUUUUCCUGCUCGGCUACGGCCAACGCCGUCACCACGCACGUCUCCACGAUCUCCGGGUCCAUACCUGCCUUCAGGAUACGCAGCUGGAAACGGCCCUUCCAGCUCGUCGCGCCGAUCCAGGCGAUUGCAAGGCCGGACUCAUCGACCAGUUCAAAUUUGGACUUCACUUUGGCGGCGCGUUGCCAGGUCAGUCUCACGCCGCGCACCUCGAAGCUCUUGCGCUCGCCCAUGAAGCCUUUGAAGCCAUUUCCCUUGCCCGUCAUGGUGAACUCUGGUACCAAGCUCGUGUCGUGCAUCGCAACCGGUACAUUGCCGGACCAGCACUUCAACAUCGCUGUACCGAUUUGAAGGCCGUCUGCACGAAAGACCUCGAGCGAGUUCAUGUGGAUCUGGACGCUCCAUACGGUCCUUUCUGUGCCGUGGAUGCGAAGAUCGUAGGCUCCCUUGUAAAUCAGGUCUGCUUUUGUCCGCUUUAAGUCGUACGCUUGCACUUGGGUGAUGUCGUAGUCGGCGGGGAUCGGACUUGAAGGCACUGCGGCCUCAAUUUCUUUUUCCUUGCUGUAGGCAUCCAUGAGAGAGUCCGCAUUUUUAGCUGGGUAGCUCAUGACGAUGUUGAUGAUGGAUGUUCUUUUUUUGAGUCUACGGGUGUCCUUCUUGAGAGAGGAGGGAGGGCAGGACAGCAAUAAGGAUUGUUGCAAUGAAGAAGACUUUCGACCGAAACGUUAAAAGGUGAGGGUGUUGAAUGGUGUUGAAGCGAGACCUUGACGAGAAGACGUUAUUGGGAUGAAGUUGAUCCAAUAUUUUGCAUCGAGUCUUUCAUAUACACAUACUCACACAAACAUAUAUAUAUGUAUACGUUGUACAUAUACAUCGUGAUAGUUCAGGCUCAGCCUGCUAGGCGUUCUAGCUAGUGCGGUGGGCGCGAAUUGCGAGGCUGCAGAACUGAACCAACGUCCAAUGGCCUGGAACGGCCAAGCCGGUUGGGAGCUGAUCCUAGCAAGAUGAGGACACAAUACGCGUAUAAGCACAAGUCUCGGUAUAGUAUACGCAGAAGAGGCUGGGGCCGCACCACCAAACCCCAUGACCUUAUCAGCGAAUAGUUGUCCUCCCCAGCCGUUCUAGCGCUGCAGGCCACCGUCAUGGAAGCUCACAGCAGCAGUACUUGUACUAUCAUGCUGGAUCGCCCGCAGAGUGUCAGCAGAAAGGAAAAGCUUGGCCAAGAAGCUGGUAAAAUACGCGGAACGACAUACACUGCCCCGAGGCAGUUGGCGAGCGAAUUCCUGGAGCAGCGCCCGUUUCCUUUCUUUUUGCUCUCUGUGUAAUGCAAUGAGUACUAAUUUUUACUAAAUUGAGUUUCCGUUUGAAAAUAAACAAAUAAAUAAGCGAAGAAGAAAAUCUCA